UUUCAUACAGCAGUGAUUAAUAACAACAGCAUACAAAAGAUGGGAUAUGUGCAAUCUCAUCGUAAGAUUUUUCCCAUGAUGAAGAAUUGUGCAAUUUUGCUGUUAUUGUGUGUUCUUCACAUCGCUUAUGCUAACGACGAGCUGACACUUGAAAUUGAAAGUGAUGAAUUAAUGAAAACUGGAGAUUUGGAGCAUGCUGAGACAAAAGAUGCAAGUGCGACUGAAAUCAUAAAGCAAAUAAGAAAAUUGAAUCCUGAUGGGACGUUCACAAUUGGCUUUGAAGCUGAUGAUGGAUCGUUUAAAAUUGAAACGCGUGACUUGCAGGGAAAUGUUAAACAGGGCACGUAUGGCUAUAUUGAUGAGCAUGGAGAAGUCAAAAGGGUUUCAUAUUCAACACAGAAUAAUACAUUAUUUAAAGACUACAAACCGCCCCUAUUGCAGCAACAGACAACGUCAGUUAAAGCUGUGGUAAAUGAGGAGAAUGAAGAAAAUGAAACAAUAAGUCCAGCCUCAUCCUUACGAUAUAAUCGAACAUUUGUAGCUACAACACGAAGACCAUCAUCCCUUGCAUAUUUGACUAGCACAAACAAUCCAAGUACAAAGUCAAGUGUUGUUCAAACAAUACCGAAACUACCAAAAAGACGAAUUUCAAUUUCUGAGCCAAAUAUUCAGCAAUCCUUACAGUCAACUGAGACUUCAAAAAUUCCCAUAGAAGGUACAACGACCGUUAUUUACGCAACAUCCGUUCCAACACCAAAACCAUAUUUAUCACGCUCCAUGACAUCACCAAACUAUUCAUCGUUGAACAAUAAUAAAAAAGUUUCAGCAGUGACUGAAAAGGGGGUUGAAAUCGAUCAAAUUGAGCGAAAAGUGUUCAUAGCUACGUCAAAGGAUGUGACGACAUUAAAGCCGAUUUUAUCAAAAGAGAAAAAUGAGGAAAAAUCAGAAUCAUUGAUUAAACGUGGAAAUACUUUAAGGCGACAAUUAAAACCAGACGAUGAAGCACAAGAAGCUCAACAGCAAAUAUUGUAUGGCGAUGGCGAUGAAAGUUCAGCAAUAUAUGGAAGUAGUUUUGGUAAUGUUCGACCAUUAUUCACGACAACGUCACAACCAAAAAUUCCACUUCAAGUUCUUGCCGCAAGGCAACGAGCCACACAAUUGCAAAACAUUUUAGCAAAUUCAUCGCCGGGAACGACAACGACGACAGAGAGAAUUUUUACAAAAGCACCAAAACGACAGAGUAAAGUUAAGGCUAUUGAGGAGGCAAAAGAGAAUGAAAGAAUUUUAACUCAAGCACCGUCUCAUGUUGAGCAAAUUCCAGCAACACAGCCAACAGAACCACUUAAUGAUCGAAGAGCUUUUCAAAGGCAAUUACCUCCAAAUCUUGAAGGACUUUAUCGUCCGAGAAAUUAUUUAAGACAAAUGCAGUAUCAGCCUCAGCCACAAGCACAAGAAUUGCCUGUGGCACCUUUAAAUCGGUAUGGACAGCAAACUGGGCAGCAGCAACAACAAAUUCCUAAUGGAAUUCCUCCAUUCUAUCCAGAACAGCAGCAGCAGCAACAACAACAAUUACAACAGCAGCCUAGCGAUGUAUUUCCAGGUCAAUUUCCACCAUUUUAUCCACAAAGAAAUCCAUAUGACUCAUCUUAUGAUAGACCACUGACUGUACGUGAUUUCGAGAGAUUAUUACAGAUUUUAGUUGUACGACAACAACAGCAGCCUUUUAGAGUAAAUCCAUAUUAUCCAUCAACAAAUCCACUUGCAUAUCCUCCAUUUAUUCCCAACUAUAAUCAACCGUACUCACAAAUCCCACGACCUCCAUAUUUCAAUCCAUUACAAUCAGGAUUAUUUGAUCCUGGCUACCAAAAUCCAUAUUAUAGCUCCUCAAUGCCUAUAAGUCAGGCUGCAGAUACAAUGAUUCCACAAGGUGGCGGACUUCCAUUUAUUCCACAGCAGCAACAGCAACAGCAACAACAAGAACAACAGUCAAUUGACCCAAAUCAAGAUGCUCAGAGAUUUUCACGUCGUCGUCAAUAUAAUUCAAGAUAUUUCGGACAACAAAAUACACAAGUUCCAAGUCCGCCCAUCUCACCAGAGCAAGAAAUUAAUUAUAAUUUAUUACAAGGCCCUGUUACGGAUAAUAAUCAACUUCCACCGUCUGUACGAGAACAAUUACUUUACAGAAUGUUAAUGUUAGCUUUAAGAUCAGAAGGCGGACCACCCUCACCUUAUCCACAACAGCAACAAUACCAAACAUCAUCAUUAGCAUCGUCAGCAUCAUCUGUGCAUUCAGUUUUAGAGCCAGAACAAGAAGAGACGAGUACAAUCAUCAAAAGCACUGAAAGUAGUUCAUCAAAGAAGCCUGUACGGAGUGUUCAAAUAUUAGGUGAAGAGAAGGAAAGCGAGGAAAAUUAA